AACAAAACAAAAAAAACUACUGGUUCUCAUUUGACUUCAUCACCAGUUUGACACUGGGUUUGUGUAUAUAUUUGCAUAUAUACAUAUAUAUGUGUGUACACCCAGGCUCACAUACAUACGUACAUAUACAUAAACAUAUUUAUAGUGUGUUAUUUUCCAGAGGAGACGCCUGUGUUGGUGCCGUCGCUGCUUCAGGAAUCUGUGCAUAAACGCUCCAUUCAUUCUCCUAACAAACCGACUGUUGCUCGUCUGUUGCUGUCGUCCCGACUCACAUGAGUAAUGUAAUUGACAGGCAGCCAAUCAGGUCACAGCACUGGCACAGAGAAGGAGGGAAGGACGGUCAUAACAAGUUAGGACGCUCCCCGGGUUAAGAACCGUCCAGAGACGGACCGGUCCAGGCAGAAAAACUCCAGAGAGAGUAGAAAAGAAGAGGCCGCAGACGGAGGUGUGGAUGAAGUCGGACUAGACCAGGAUCCACCAAUGGGGGCACAAUUUACCCUCUGCUGCUGCCACUUCCUGAAGUACAGCUCGGAGGAGAAUGCAGCCAUCAUGCGUGUGAACAGAACCUCAGGCUCCAGACCACUGCAGCUGUUACCCAGUGUUUCCAGCGACAGCGACACUGAGGAGCAGAGGCAGAGUCAGAAGAACGGUUCUGGUCCGCUCCGAGUCGGUGACGCCAGACGAGAGUCGGACCGAGAGCUGCAGGCCUUCAUCAGCAUGAGAGACAAGACCGACAAGGCCACGGAGGAAUGGGAGAAGCUGAAUUUCGACAUUCACACUUUACGAUACGCAAAACGAGAAGUCAGAUCGCGAUGGAAAAAAAUCCUGGAGCAGCUGGGGUACCAGAACGAGGUGGACGUCUUGUUGUUGCUGAACAAACAGCGACGGUUCAGUCGGGACCAGGAACAUUUCAAGAAGGCGACAGAACUGCUGACACAUCUGCUGAAUCACACCUCGCUGUUUCCUCCUGGAACUGGGCCUCAGAACCGAUACCUCAGUACCAUGGACUACCUGGUGUCACUGGACAGUGGUGAGGACUUUGUCCGACUGGCCAAGGAAAAAUAUCCAAAGAAAUGAGACGUGGAGAAACUGAGCGAAAAACAUCCAGACUUUAGAUUAGACCAGGAAAUAUAAUCUACUGUGGAGCGACGCGGCGGCUGUAUUUAUUUUAAAAAGAAAUAAAAACAAUCUAUUGUUAAUUAUAAUAAUUUAUUUUCUGUUCAUAUUUUUCAGUUUAAUAUUUUUAACUCUAUAAAAAAAGAAAAACUCUUUCUUACUCUGACACUAAUAAAGUAUUUUUUCUCGGAGCAGCAGCUCAAAGAUCCUGAUUCUUUUACAGUGAUUCUCAACUUUGUCCACAAGAGGGCAGCAUACACAUGACAUCCCUGAAUGUAGUUCGUUGGAAUCACAUCGUGGAACUUGUGAUUCACAAGUAAAGAAACGUUUUUCACUCCUUCAAAGUUGUUUUAUGAGAAAAGGGAAGUGACGCAAGUCUGGAAAUAUAGUUUUUCAAACAUCUGUGAAAAAGAUUAAAAAAAACCAAAAAUACUGAUAUUAAUACAGAUACUAAUACUAAUACUGAGAGUGAGACUAAUUAUCUUGAUGUUUUCAGUUUGUUUUUACUGGACUGCAGACCAUUUACUGUAGAUCCUACGUGGUUCUCACACACACACACACACACACACACACACACA